AUGAAACACUCCACUUCCAGUCCUAAUCACAGUACCAAUUCUAAUCACAGUACCAAGUCAACCCCCAGGAAAAGGAAAGAUAAUUCUUCAAAAUCUAAAAAUUUUAACUUUUCAGUCAAGACACUAGGCGGAAAUUUGAGUACAUCCGAGUCAAGUUUAGCUCCAGCCAGUUCGAGUCUGGACCCUGAUCCAGAUGAAUGUGCGCUGAGGUCAUCCGAAGUGAUAGAUAAUUUUAACUUAAACAAUCUGAAACAGCUGGAGCAAUGUUAUUUCCACUGUUACACCGGACCAAACACACAAAAUUAUCAAGAUCCAAAUUCUCACGUACCAACUCUUAGAGGAACAAAGUUUGUGAGAUCGAAGUUUGGUGUGUCGACGAAGUUUAGAGGAUCAAAGUUUGGGGAACCGAUGUUUCCAGCUUUUGAGAUGGGUGAAUCAGAUGUUUCAUCACAAAACUCACUAUUAAAUGAUGUUUGGUUUGCGGAGUUUAAUUUUCCGGUUGAUUUGGAGACUUUUAAAGACAUUGUAACCGAUGCGGCCAGGUCACUGGAGGAAAAGGGGCCAGUGCCUAGAGUUAAGAAAACGUUUAAAAGUACAAUUUUUGAUCCUGAAAUUGGUCAACACAUAACGCACAUUAGGAGAUCUAGCACUGAUUCCAUUAGUUCAGUACGGAGUAUCCGCAGCAGUCAAGAUAGCUCACACCUGACAGAGGUUGGUAUGGAUCCAACCACCGACACACCUGUGGAUACAUCUGUGGAUACAGCCGUGGAUAUGUCUGUGGAUACGUCUGUUAGUUCAGCUGCAAGUCCUGAAUUUAAACCGCACAGUGAUUCAAUUAACUACUUCCCCGACACUGACGACAGAUACUACCCCGUAACCAAACGAGCCACAUCCCACAAGAGGAAUACCACACAACCUGUAAAUAUAGCCAAAAAUUAUCAAAUUAAUGAUCCAAACACACAAAUCGCAGACUCCCUCAUCCCAUCUGACACGCUCAUCCCAUCUGACACUCUCAUCCCAUCUAACACUUUAGACUCACAAACUGUAGGUCCAUUGACUGUAGACCCAGAAACUCUAAACUCAUCUAACACUUUAGACCCAGUGACUCUAGGUACAGUGACUGUAGACUCGGGUACAGAUUCGUUAAUGGCGAGAGGUUAUAAAUCGGAGGGAAUGUUGUAUAAUUAUGUGAAGCCUAGGAUAAAGGAUGUGUCAUACUUGAAGAGUGAUGGGUUUAAGCAAGUGUUGUCGAGGUGCCCAUUUUUAAAUGGGCCUAACAUGGACAAUAAAAUCGCAAUUGAUAAAUCACGCACAGUCAUUAAAAAACUACUCAAACAGCACAAUCAAAAACAUUACGAAGAUAACAAAUAUCACUUCCAACCCUUCAUCGGAGUUCGAAGGGGAAGAUGUGAGAAUGAGAUAUUGGAGGGGGUGAACCGUUCAUUAUAUCACAGAUUUACGAGUUCAGAUCGCAGGAAAUUGUGUAAAAGCCUAAUGCCAAGAAUUUAUAAAAAAUUCAAAAAUCUCAACUACCUACAACACUCCGAUAAAAAAACUCUACUCAAAAGGAUGAACAUGGCGAUUGAUAAUUAUUUAUCAAUUUGUUUAUCCAAGAAAAAGUACGAAUUCAUCUUUAGUGAUGAUUACCCACUCACUCAAGAACAUUUUCAUACACGAGGAGUGUAUGGUGGAGUGAUACCAUGGCGUGUGAAGUAUGUGAGUGGUGAGCCAUUUCAACUUUUAAACUUCACGAAUCAUGCAACAAACAUCGGACAAAUCAUCAAACAAAUAAUUAACAACUAAUAUAUUAUUCAAACUUUA